AUGAAGUGCAAUAGUUUGCUUACGCCACAGCGUCGAAAACGUAACAAUUCAGUGGUGGAGGCCGAAAGGACACUUCUUUUUGACUGUCCAAAACACGGACAAAUUCUCUUCUUGACCACUUUCAGUCAAUCAAAAUCGGCAUUUAGCAGUCCAGUUAAAAAGUCUUCUGCUCCAUCACUUGUGUGGCAUCGUUCGGAAGUGGAGACCACGCAAGCAAAAUCCAAACAGGUUUCUCCCUCGAAGAAGGAAGCAGGGAUAGGAAAGAUUACUUCGUCGGAUCCAAACGUCGCUGAUUGCAACUCCGUGGUAUCGGAGGAGCGAAUACAGUCACACUUCUCUCCUGAGCCACCAUUUACACAACAAAGAGAUGCCUGCAGCUGUCAGAGUGAUUGCCACUCGCAGAGGGCAGAAGAGGAACAUGGACACGCCUCGAUAGGUCCUAUGUCCCACCAAACUGAGGACUCUACAGCUCUAAGAGAAGCAGACCUUGACGAGCAGAGGAGGAUAGCCCUGAACAAUAUGGUCAUCUGCGUUGUGUCCAUCAGUGCUUGGUCUCCUUUUAUGUUGGCCACCUUCCUGAAGGUGAUGUGUAAUUAUAAUGAAUGUAGCUUUUCUAUAACCUCAAUAACACUCCUUAAGUUCAAAUGGCUCACCUACCUGAGCUCCGUCUUUUACCUACUUGGAUUCAUUCUUGUUGACAGAAAACUGCGCACCCAUGUAAAUGUUUGCUUUGAGCAGCGGUUGCGCAUGUGGCAACAAUGA